AUGCAUGGCUCUGCUGGAUGGCCAGCAGGGUUGGAUAAGGCUUCAGACAAAAAGUUUUUCCGCCGCAAGCUGCUACCACGGCUACCAGUGAAGGAAACACCUGGAUGCAGCGAGCUUGCUUGGGACACCCACGUCUCCUUUGAGCCGCCUCUCCGAGUUGAGGAGGAUCGCAGACCCCCAACUGCUGAGCGCAGUGCGCACCUUGCAGCAGUUUCCUUCCCUGCGCAGCUGUGCCUGCGGGCUCGUGGAGAGGCGCCUGGACCUCUCGGUCUUUUCGGGUCACGUGAAGCCCUGGUCAUUCCUCUGGAGACACAAGAUGCUGUUAGGGACAUUGUGGCAGCUUGUGCCAAAGGCAUGGCUUCCGUGGCAGAUGGUUCUUGUCUCACCCUCUGGACUUUGGUCGAUGAAAGAAGCAAGGCCAUGCAGUUGGAGCCAAUCGCAGCAAGGAGGAUCCACAAGAGCCUUGCUGUUGAGCCAAUCGAGCUUGUAGCAGAACGUCAAGGAGGCGGCCCUCGAGAAGGCCCCAUCCGAUAUGGAGAGGGCUUUCGACUGAGAGCUGCUGGGUGCGAAGCUCUGUACUUAGGCUACCCGGGCGGUGAUGGACUCUGCUGGAAGUCUGGAGAUGAGGCAGAUCCUGCCACGCCGCCAACAGGAACGCGGUUCUCGGCUCACGGUGGAGAGCUAGGAGCCCCGCUGAGCUUUGGUCGACCAGUAUCCCUGAGAUGGGUGCCAACGCCUCCAACAUCUGACUCAGAAAGUGAUGUGGAAGAUGACAGGCCUGCAAGUUCAAGCAAGGAUGUGCCAGAGCCUUCACAUCGAGGGGUGGCUCAAUGCUUGCUGCCUGAAACUGCCAAGUAUGCCCAGGACGGACUCUAUUCCCGCCUGGCCGACAAGGCAGAUUCCACGAUUCCCGUCACCUUUCUGCCGCUAUGUGCUGAAGUGCUGAGCUGA